GGCUAUUCAGAAACUCAUACGAAAAAGAUCUGUAUACGAACGAUUCACACGAUUCAUUUUCGUAUACGAAUGGAAAAUAGUAUUCACAAAACAUUUAUAUUCUUAUACGAAUCUGUGAUCCGUAUGGGAAUAAUUUUCCCAUGAUGAACAGCGGCAACGUCGCAAUUUUUUAUUUUUAUCAUGGAAGAAAAAACUAUUUGUAUUGUUGUACUUAACAUUUCCCGCGUUUCAUUAAGUUUUUUCUGUUUUGACCGUUAAUUGGAUUUUUUUUCAAAAUGUCGGUAGAAAAAAGAUUUAAGUCAAAGUCGGUGACAAACGACCAAAAAUCAGCCAUGGUCGAUUUUAUGAAAAACCACGAGGAAUUGGCUAAAGGGAAACAUUCCUCUACCUUCACACAAGCCAUAGCAAGGCAACAGUGGGAAGAAUUAUCGGGAGUAUUAAACUCAAUUCCGGGCCCUAUAAAAGACUGGAAGGCCUGGCGCCGGACAUGGCAAGAUCUAAAGGCUGAUGCUAAAAAAAAACAGGCACAAAUAAAUAAAAAUUUAAAAGGUACUGGAGGCGGGCCAUCAACAGCUGGAUCACUUGAUAGUUUAAGUGAAACGGUGGUUGGUAUGAUAGGUGUAGUGCCUAUUUCUGGGGACCCUUUAAUUACGGAUUAUCCAAUUUGUUUUGACUUUGAUUCCCCAAACAGGUAAUUUAUUUUAAUAAUAUUAAUAUAAAGAGUUAUUCGAAUUAAUUUACAGUUAACUAAUUAGAUACUAUGUUAUAGACAACAAAACCAACCAUUAGUUAUCAAUGUACCAAAUAAUGAAAAAUUAGAUGAAUUGGAUUCAACAAACAUGUAAUAUAACAACAUUUUAACUUAAUAAUAAUAGUGAUAUGUACUGUCCCUGAAUUUUUUCAUUACAUUUGUUUUAAAAAUAUUGUAGAACAACAGUUACAUGACAUGAAUAAUGCAUGUAAUUAUUCACAAAAAAAAAAAAAAUAAAAAUUUCACUUUCAUUCUACAAUUAUUAUAAAAGACAGAGUUAAAGUAUAAUUUAAGAAAGAUCAGGGGUUACUUAUGAGUCAGUAUUGGACAUGAGUAAAAUAACAAUUUAUUUAAAUUUAAAUUGUGGUGUUGAGAUUUAAUUUCAAAUAUAAGAUAUUAAACAUGUUAAUAGUAGGAUACAGUACAUGUUAAUUUUGCAUGAUCCAAACACUUUUAACAUUUACUAAUUUUUCAUUUUUAGUUUAGUCACUGAUUCAUUAAUCGCUAAAGAAGCAUUAGAGAUACAAAAAUCUCCCAGUUUUAUGGAUGUAUCAAAGUAUAAUUUACAUUUAAUGUGUAAUUAGAUCUAAAAAUGUAUUAAAAUGUUUUAUUUUUGUUUUUUAAAGUGAUGCUCUU